CUCAAUGGGAGGGGUCUCCAGGGGCCACCAGGGGCCCGAAGUGUUCAGGGGCCACAGCUUCACCAUCACCUGCUCCGCUCAGCCACAGUACCCAGGAGGCUCCUUCCUCCUCACGUUCACCGGCUCCAACAGAACCCAGACCCAGCCAGCUGUCAAUCACUCUGCUGCCUUCCUCUUCCCUGCUGCAGAUGACUCCCACCAAGGGAACUACAGCUGUGUUUAUGACAAUUAUGUUUUCUCUCAUAACUUCUCCUCUGAGAGUGAGCUCCUCAACCUCACCGUCACAGCCUCUCCUCUGCCAGCCUUCAUCAUCAGACACGUUGUAGUGCUGCUGAUCCUACUGACAGCCAUCACCACCAUCUACCUGUACUACAAGACCACCAGGAGGCAGAAGAGAGUGAACAGGGUGAGCAGCAUGGAUCUUUAUGUUGAUGCCAAUGCCAUGGAGAUGGUCUCUCUGAGCUCCAGAGCUGAAGCUGGACCGGGAGAGGAGAGAGCAGCCCAGGGGACUGAGUAGGAGUAGAAUGAUGCUGACCCUACAUGCUGAUCUUAGAUCUCCAGGCUCAAAGCGUCAGUCCACCAGCUGAAUACUCAGUCAGACUGGUGAAUGGGCCCACUUCCUGUUCUGGGACAGUGGAAGUCUUCUACAGAGGAGAGUGGUUAGUUCUAUGUACUGGGUGGUGGAGCAUGAUAGAGGCUAAGGUUGUGUGUAGACAGAUGGGCUGUGGGAAUGCUACAGCUGAAUCUGGAGGACCUAUGGUUGAAGAGGGAAGAGGAGGAGUCAUGGUAGAGAGUUGCAAUGGAGAUGAGUCUACUAUUACAAGGUGUGACAUCAGUGGAGGACCUGGUGUCUGUAAUGGUGAAUAUUAUCAUAAUGUGAUGUGCUCAGCUAUCUCUCCAACCCAUGCUACAGCUACUCAGAAUGACUACAUCAAUGUUAAGGCAUGGAACCCAGAUAUCCCAUCUACCCCCGCCUCUGUUAAACCCAGCUUGGCUACUUCCACCCAGGACACCAGCAGUAGUCUGACCAGCCGGGUUUCAGACACCUCAGCCGGACUCCAAGAGGGUGACACCACCUCUGAUCCCACCAUCAACACCUCAGCCGGACUCCAAGAGGGUGACACCACCUCUGAUGUUACCAUCAACACCUCAAGUCGACCUACCACAAGAACCCAAUCAACCCCAUCACAGGAUCUCCCGGUCCAGCCUGAUAUCUCCCUGACUGACUCAAUGGGAGGGGUCUCCAGGGGCCAUGAGGGGCCCGAGGUGUUUAGGGGCCACAGCUUCACCAUCACCUGCUCCACUCAGCCACAGUACCCAGGAGGCUCCUUCCUCCUCACGUUCACCGGCUCCAAUAGAACCCAGACCCAGCCAGCUGUCAAUCACUCUGCUGCCUUCCUCUUCCCUGCUGCAGAUGACUCCCACCAAGGGAACUACAGCUGUGUUUAUGACAAUUAUGUUUUCUCUCAUAACUUCUCCUCUGAGAGUGAGCUCCUCACCCUCACCGUCACAGCCUCUCCUCUGCCAGCCUUCAUCAUCAGACACGUUGUAGUGCUGCUGAUCCUACUGACAGCCAUCACCACCUUCUACCUGUACUACAAGACCACCAGGAGGCAGAAGAGAGUGAACAGGGUGAGCAGCAUGGAUCUUUAUGUUGAUGCCAAUGCCAUGGAGAUGGUCUCUCUGAGCUCCAGAGCUGAAGCUGGACCGGGAGAGGAGAGAGCAGCCCAGGGGACUGAGUAGGAGUAGAAUGAUGCUGACCCUACAUGCUGAUCUUAGGUCAGUUUUGUGUUUUACAUCUAUGGUCAGCAGUGGACUGGUGUUUAUAAUGUGGUGACAAACCUUAAGUGGUUCUAAUUUUAACAACAUAAUUAGUUUAUCUUUCUAGAACCUUGGAAGAAAUCUAAAAGGAGUGACUGCAACCACCAUUAUUCAUUUUGAUUUUUGCCACCAGGGUAACAUGGGGUUUUGUUUAAUUUAAGAGACUAGCUCAAUUAGGUCUAUUUUGCAUUCUAUCAGUGGAGGCUGGUGGGAGGAGGAAGACGGGCUCAUUGUAAUGGCUGGAAUGGA